GACGUAGGCCGGACGCUAGGGUCCCUGACAUCCAAGAAGAAAAAAUAUGGCGACAUAUCCAAUCAUAUUGCUGCCUCACAGCUGCUCUCUCAACUCAUCUCCAGCUCAAUGACUUACGAUAAAUUGAGAAGGCGGGAGAGAUCUCAGCCAGCUCAGAAAAUGGCAAACGUUCACCGGGGAAAACUAUUAACACUUGCCUUGAUCGUAUUGCUUUCUGUUUCCGACGUUGCUUGCGGCCAUCGCACUUCCUCAAGGGAGCAACUCGAGGCAAACGGGAAAGACGUUGGGGAUGAUCCAGCGACUAGUGUGAGGAGAGAGAAGGUGAAAGAUGCCAUGCUUCACGCGUGGACGUCUUAUGAGAAGUAUGCCUGGGGAUUCGAUCAGCUUCAGCCACAGACGAUGAAUGGGGUCGACAGCUUCGGUGGAUUGGGAGUGACCAUCGUUGAUGCUCUCGACACAUUGUUCAUCAUGGGCCUUGAUGAGCAGUUCAAGAGAGCCAGAGAUUGGGUGGCUACCUCCUUGAACUUCAACAAGAAUUAUAACGCUAGCGUCUUUGAGACAACCAUAAGGAUGGUAGGUGGACUUGUGAGUGGAUAUGAUCUUUCUGGGGACAAAGUUUUCCUGGAGAAGGCUACAGAUAUAGCAGAUAGGUUGCUGCCUGCAUGGAAUACCCCUUCUGGAAUCAAUUAUAACAGCAUCAACUUGGUUACUGGACAUGCUCAUAAUUAUCCUUCAGCUAAUGGAAACAGUAUUUUGGCUGAAGUGGGGACAACGCAGCUUGAGUUUAUCGCUCUAUCUCAAAGGACAAAUCAACCCAAGUAUCAGGAGAAGGUGGAGAAGGUCAUUGAAGUACUUCAUAAAAAUUUUCCUGCUGAUGGCUUGCUUCCCGUAUACAUUAAUCCUCGGACUGGGAAGCCAUCUCCAUCGUUUAUCACAUUUGGUGCCCUGGGCGACAGUUUCUACGAGUAUUUACUCAAGGUGUGGAUACAGGGGAAUAAAACUCAAGCUGUUAACGUCUACAGGAAGAUGUGGGAGACUUCAGUGAGUGGCUUGCAAAGCUUGGUCAGGAAAUCAACCCCUUCUGGUUAUGCAUACAUAUGUGAGAAGAACAGAAACACACUGAUAAAUCAGAUGAAUGAGUUAGCUUGCUUUGCUUCCGGGAUGUUGGCUCUAGGAUCUUCUGGCUUUGACCCCCAAAAAGCUCAAAUGAUUCUUUCCCUUGCGGAAGAGAUUGGGAAGACAUGCUACAAUUUCUAUCAGAUAACAAAUACAAAAUUGGCAGGAGAGGACUACCUUUUUACUGCUGGAAAGGACAUGAGUGCUGAUAGUCUGUAUAACCUCAUGAGGCCCGAAACUGUCGAGUCACUCUUUUACCUUUGGCGUUUCACCGGGAACAAGAUGUAUCAAGAUUGGGGUUGGGAUAUAUUCAAAGCAUUUGAGAAGAACAGUCGCUUAGAGACCGGAUAUGUCGGGCUGACAAACGUGAAUACCGGUGCUAAGGACAACUUGAUGCAGAGCUUCUUCCUUGCAGAGACCCUCAAGUAUUUGUACCUCCUGUUUUCGCCUACAUCAGUGAUCCCUCUGGAUGAAUGGGUGUUCAACACAGAAGCCCAUCCUUUGAAGAUCGUUUCCAGGUAA